GACUUUGCUGUUUUUCCUGCAGAAAGUGAGGCAUGGAUAUCCAGAUGGUCAAUUCCAUGGACUUUGGGGAGUUUGUUGAUGUUUUGGGGAACAUUAUAGAGAAAUGCCCCCUGAUUGCAGCAGCCAUCUGGUCCCAACGCCCAUUCACAGACUUAGAUGAUUUAGAGAAGCAUGUGUUUGACUUUAUUGAAGCCCUUCCACAAUCAGGGAAAGAAGGGAUCCUGAGGUGCCAUCCAGAUUUAGCGGGCCGGGAGCUGCAACAGGCAACGCUGACCCCGGAGUCCCAGCGGGAGCAGAGGGGCGCGGGUCUGAGCAAUCUGGGCCCAGAGGAGAGACGCCGGCUGGGCGAACUCAACUGCGAGUAUAAGGCUCGCUUUGGCUUCCCCUUCGUGAUCGCGGCGCGGCUCAGCGACAAGGCCACUAUGAUGAGGGAGCUGGAGCGCCGACUGCACAACCAGCCCGCCCGGGAGCUGCGCGCAGCCCUGGCUGAGGUGCGCAAGAUCUGCCACCUUCGCUUGGAGGACAUCCUGCGGUCUCCGGGGGACCCGGCCAAACUGUAG